UGACAUAUACCGUAAGGUACCUAAAGAUUUAACACAGCCUACAUUGACUGGAGCAUGUAUAUCUAUAUGCAGUGUACUGUUUAUGCUCUACCUAUUCCUGUCAGAGCUUGCUGGAUUUCUUCAACAUGAAGUAGUAAGUGAGCUGAUAGUUGACGACCCAGUGAAAUACUCUGAGAAAAUUCCUGUAUUCUUAAACAUAACUUUGAUGAACACAAAAUGUGAAUUUGUAGGAUUGGACAUUCAGGAUGAUAUGGGAAGACAUGAAGUUGGUUUCCAGGACAACACAGAAAAAAUCCCACAGAAUGAAGAUAAUGGCUGUAGAAUGGAAACACAUUUCUUAAUAAACAAGGUUCCAGGUAAUUUUCAUGUUUCAACACAUGCAGCAAAGAACCAGCCAGCUCAAGGUGACAUGAGACAUGUUGUUCAUAAACUCAGGUUCGGUAUGGACUUAGAGGAAGGAAAAAAUGUGAGAGGUUCUUUUAACCCCAUGGAAAGUUUAGAUAAAACAAAUGGAAAUGCUCAAGCCACACAUGAUUACAUCAUCAGAGUAGUGCCAUCUGUUUAUGUCAACAAAGAUAAUUCAAAACGAUUCCCAUAUCAAUAUACAUACUCAUAUAGGGAAAUAAUUCAGUAUGGUCAUGGAGGCCAUAUAUGAUGCCAGCUAUCUGGUUCAGAUAUGAAAUGAGUCCUAUUACAGUACAGUAUACAGAAAGAAGGCAACCUUUUUAUCAUUUUCUCACUACGGUAUGUGCCAUUGUAGGAGGAACAUUUACUGUUGCGGGUAUAUUUGACUCCUGUGUUUUCACUGCCUAUGAGAUAAUCAGGAAAGCUGAGCUGGGAAAACUGAGCUGAGAACAAGAAUACCUAGAGAAAUUUAUUUUUAA